AUGUCGUCGAAGCUGCGAAACAUACUUAAUGACCGCGAUCUGGACAAAGGAAAGACCAUGGCCAAGUCUCCGAAAAGUAAAGACCGAGAGAGAGAUGUGGAGAAGGAUAAAGAGAAACGUCGGUACUCCCGUCCGUCCCAUGGAAAACGAACGGGCACGUCAACUAGGGAUCGCGACUCCACCAUGACUUCAUCCACAUCCAGCUCUCACACUCGCACACGCAGAUCGUCCAUGCCAGAGAUCGACAGCAAUACAGAUUCUGCUGCCACCUCGUUUCUCGACUCCAGAGCAAGUCUUCCCUAUCCUGCCUUGAAUAAAGCACACAGCAAGGUGGCGUUAUGGGGUAAACCCGAUCCUCCACGACAGGCAGAGAUUCCUACCCCAGACCCUACUGAUGUCGACCACCAUGAAAAUCGCACGACUUCUUCACGCAAUGGACACCGUCAUGGAACUCCACCAAGUCCACCUCUCACCGCCGAUCAACGAUCCUCGAGAGUGGGAAGCACGGCUGGCAGCAAACACAAGGAUAAAGAGAGGGAUACGAAGGCGAAAAGCCGCAAAGAGCCAACACAAUCAACGUCUAGUUUGGGUCGGGAUAAUGAAGAUGGCUCGCGAGUGAGCACAAGGUCUCCCCGAUCAAGCACCCCGAUCAAGGUUCGACUUCGAGAUUCGCCUACACCUCAUCGUACAUCUGGCCACAGGACAACCAAAUCGACAUCGCAGGGUUCUGAUUUACCCAAGCGCGCUGCGAGUCAUAGCUCUAGGGUUUCGCAUUCGAUCGUUCAUAGCACCGACAAUAUUUCUCAGUAUACGACUGACUCUGAUGCGACAUCCAUUGCCCCAAAUCAAUCCCAAGCUCCGUUACGAUCUCAAGUUCGCUCACCACAGAACCGCCCAAGGAAACAUUCGCCUGCGAUUGAGGUGUUUAUCGAAGAGGAUGAAUCAGUUGUCAAUGGAGACCACAAUCAGACUUCACCUUCACUUCCUCCGCCUCCUCCACCACCCCCACAAAUGCCUGUCGCACCACCCAGGGUAGACUAUCUGCUACAAAAUGGCGGUUUGCGGUAUCCAGUACCUAAAAACCUUCUCGGAGCUGGACAGAUUCCGAAUACACCGGAGCAGCUUCAGCAGCAAAGUACCAUUGUUCAAGCCUUUGAGCCUUAUCAUCGCUUAUUAGACGACUAUAACCAAGUUCUGUCAAAGAGCGGAUCUCUUGCGGUAGCUACGGGUUAUCGAUCUGUAGCUCGACGUCUACUGGAUCGUUUGGAGGCAGUUUUUGCUAGAGACAUAUCGUCUGAGACCUGUCAAUGCGUGAUGUGUGAUGGCCAGGAGUCGAAUGAGAUGACCACGGGUGUCAGCUGGGGAGAGGUUUUGGAGCUGGUCUCUGGCAGGCGCGAGCUACCCAUUUGGCCUCCGUUCCAUAUGCCUACACCGACGCAAGAUCAGAUUGCUCCGGGGGAAGAGCAUAUCCCCAUGCAAAAGUUGGAUAUCGAUGUCCCAGAGGAGUAUCGUGAUCACUACGUGCGUCAGUCUCGAAAAACCAAACAGGCAGUCGACAAAUGGCUCCUUGGACAAACGGAUACGAAUGCGCCUGAGGAAGUAGAUGACGAGACGCUUGCCUUUGCAAUGAUGACAUAUCUGGACGCGGAACAAAGAGACAUCUUUUGUACACUCAUAGGCAUCAAAUCAUCGACCCCCGUACCCAGAAGCGCUACUCCCGCUCCACGCCCUCGUCCAGAACGUCUGAUUGCUUCUUCAUUGGCUAUACAACGCUUGUAUCGUCUGGCUGCUCCUGCUCGAGAUUCUGAGACUGCACUUUACAUCUUAAAGAAUCCACUAAUCCACAAUGUUCUUGCCACCCUUGCAGCAAUAAGUGAUGAUGAGUGGGAAAUUCUCAUCUCUGGUCGCUUUGAUGGCUUUUUGCGAAGUGGUGCGGAGGAUGCCUUUAAUCCAUCACGAUCCGUCAGCCGCGCGGGGACUCCUUUCAUCACACCCUCCUCACGUGGACCUACGCCGUUCCAGAUGGACCCAACCUAUCGGCCAAUGAGCCAGCCGUACGGUUCGACUAUUUCUGCGUCAUAUGGUGCACCGAUUGGGCUAGAUGAAGACACCGAGAUCGCAGUGCUAGCGGAGAUCGAGAAAGAUAUCUUUCAGAGCAUGGAAGCACUCGAGGAUGCAUUCGAGGCAUUACACUGCAAGGCCGAAGCUGUACGACGUGCACUUCGCGAACGAGGAGCCGGGUUAUCGGUUGCGAACCAAGCUCGUCGAGGUUCCGCCACGAAUCUCGAUGCUCGACUGGGCACUCCAGCAUCCAUGGCGGGAAGCCUUUGGGAGAGCGGUCUGGAUGAGGACGACGGAAUAGACGACGAUAUGUCGCUUGCCCCAGACGACUCUGCGAGCAACAUCAGCUCGAAUCGCCGACGCCGACCAAAGCGAAGGAGUGAGCGACGUACACCUGCACCUGUCGAGGAAGAGGACGAGGAGGAAGACGAGGAAUACAACGCAAGGCGGAUGCGACGUAGAUAG